AUGCACUACUGUGUGCUGAGCGCUUUGGGGCUCCUGCAUCUGGUCACGGCCGCGCUCAGCCUGUCUACCUGCAGCACGCUGGACAUGGAGCAGUUCAUGCGCAAGAGGAUCGAGGCGAUCCGCGGGCAGAUCCUGAGCAAGCUGAAGCUCACCAGCCCCCCAGAAGAGUACCCCGAGCCCGAGGACGUGCCCCCGGAGGUGAUCUCCAUCUACAACAGCACCCGGGACUUGCUCCAGGAGAAGGCGAGCCGCAGAGCCGCCGCCUGCGAGCGGGAGCGCAGCGACGAGGAGUACUACGCGAAGGAGGUUUACAAGAUCGACCGGACGCCUUACUUGUCCUCGGAAACUGUCUGCCCAGUUGUUACAACACCCUCUGGCUCAGUGGGCAGCUUGUGCUCCAGACAGUCCCAGGUGCUCUGUGGGUACCUUGAUGCCAUCCCGCCCACGUUCUACAGACCCUACUCCAGAAUCGUCCGCUUCGACGUGUCGGCGAUGGAGAAGAACGCUUCCAACCUGGUGAAGGCGGAGUUCAGGGUGUUCCGCCUGCAGAACCCCAAAGCCAGGGUUCCCGAACAAAGGAUCGAACUGUACCAGAUUCUCAAAGCCAAGGAUGUGACGUCACCAAACCAGCGCUACAUCGACAGCAAAGUUGUGAAAACAAGAGCCGAAGGGGAAUGGCUCUCCUUUGAUGUGACCGAUGCCGUGCACGAGUGGCUCCACCAUAAAGACAGGAACCUGGGGUUUAAAAUAAGUUUACACUGUCCCUGCUGCACCUUUGUAGCAUCUAACAAUUACAUCAUCCCCAAUAAAAGCGAAGAACUAGAAGCAAGAUUUGCAGGUAUUGAUGGCACCUCCACAUAUACCAGUGGUGAUCAGAAAACUAUAAAGUCCACUAGGAAAAAAAACAGUGGGAAGACCCCACACCUCCUGCUAAUGUUGUUACCCUCCUACAGACUUGAGUCACAACAGUCCAACCGGCGGAAGAAGCGCGCCUUGGAUGCAGCCUAUUGCUUUAGAAAUGUGCAGGAUAAUUGCUGCCUGCGUCCACUUUACAUUGAUUUCAAGAGGGAUCUUGGGUGGAAAUGGAUCCAUGAACCUAAAGGGUACAAUGCCAACUUCUGUGCCGGGGCAUGCCCAUAUUUAUGGAGUUCGGACACUCAGCACAGUAGGGUUCUCAGCUUAUAUAAUACCAUAAAUCCGGAAGCAUCCGCUUCUCCUUGCUGUGUGUCCCAGGAUUUAGAACCGCUCACCAUUCUCUACUACAUCGGCAAAACACCCAAGAUUGAACAGCUCUCUAAUAUGAUCGUAAAGUCAUGCAAAUGCAGCUAAGAUUCUUGAAAAAGUGGCAAGACGAUAAUCACACGAUGAUGAUGAUGAUGAUGAUGAUGAUAUGACAACAAUAACAAUGUUCAGGACAAGAAACAUAAGAGAGCCUUGUUCCAUCAGUGUUAAAAAAAUUAUUUGAAAAAGCGGUACUAGUUCAAACACUUUGGAAGUUUGUGUUCUGUUUGUUAAAACUGGCAUUCGAAACAAAAGGAAAAAAAAUACGAAGGCUUUUAUUCUACAUUUCGCCUACUCUGUAAGUGAGAGAGACAAGAAGCAAAACCUUUUUUUUUAAGAAAAAAAUAAACACUGGAAGAAUUUGUUAGUGUUAAUUAUGUGAAAGAAAAAAAAAAGAAACAGGAAAAUCCCGUUCAGUGGAGUUGCUGUACAUGCGUCCCUAACCCCAGCCUCACUUGAUUUUUCUGUAUUGCUAUGCAAUAGGCUCCCUCCCGUUUUUACUCUCAGAGUGCACAGUGAGUUAUUUAUUGUGUGUUACUAUAUAAUGAACAUUUCAUUGCCCUCGGAAAAUAAAACAGGUGUAUAAAGUGGAGACCAAAUCCUUUGCCAGAAAACUCAUGGAUGGUUUAAGGAACUUGAACUCAACCGAGCCAGGAAAAAAAAAAAAAAGAAAAAAGGCCAGAUGAGUGGGAUGAAAACUCAACAAGAGUUCUUAAGAUGGCCCAGCGAGUGGGUGUUAAGAGAAAGAAAGACCUUGGAAACGAUGCAAUGUACCAACGGCCUAAGGAAGCUUCUUGUAAGGUUCAAAGCUGAAAAGCCUGUUAAUAAAGGAAACUUGCAGUCAGAAUAAGUCUGUAAGAUUUUUUUCUGCCUUUCAAUUGUAAAUGGUUCUUUGUCAGUGUAGUCCACCCGUGAAAUGUUGCAAUGUUUGGAUUCAUACUCAUCACACUUCAGACCUAGAACUCUCGCUGUCUAGUUAUGCCAUAGGUUUUUCUUAGUUUCGAUAUAUGUAACCAUACCUAUAUUAUUACAAUAGAUGAGUGUAGAAGCCAGUGUAAUUGGAAACACAUCUGCAGACUUUUUUUUUUGCAAACUAUUAAAUCAAAACAUUAACUACUUUGCGUGUAAUGUGUAAAUUUUUACCAUAUUUUUAAUGUUCUGUAAUAAUGUCAACUCUGAUUUAGAUGGGACUUAAAUUUGGGCUUUUUAUUUUUAUUUUUUUUUAACGAUCACACAGAACUGUGUUUCCUUUAGCUGGCUAGUAUUUUUUUGAAUAAAGCCCCUAGAUUUUGACUUGCACUAAAAGUACAUGUUUCAUAGUAUUUGCUCCAUUGUGCUUUAUAAAUUGUCCAUUUUUAUAACAUGAGCUACCCGAGUCCGCUCGUCCUUUUUUCUGUUACGGAAAAGAUAGAUUUGACUUCAGUCCCCUUCCCUCCUCUUCCAAGCAUCAUCACCGAUCAAAUCAGACAUUAAAAAGCUUCUGUGUUAGGAAAAUUCGGGACGAACGUUGAUCCGGAGACAAUGAAGUGAAAUGUUUGCGUUGCAGCAAGGGCUUUCGGACCUGACUGAAACUCAGGUCUGAAACUCAGACCUGGCCCCUCCCACCUGGCUCAGUCAGCACGUGUACAGCACCCUCCCGUUCUCAGAAAAGCAGACAGUUCGUAGGAAACUUCUUUUACUUCCGUUAGGCUUCUAGUGUUCAGGGUUCAAUAGAGAGACUUGCCUUUUCAUUGAUUUUUUUUAAAGGACAAAAUACAGGUCAGCACAAAUCAUUUUGUUUAUUUCACUGAAAUUAGGGUUUUUGUAGGUUUCCUAGGAAGGUUGAAAAGGCACAAACCAAAUUCUCCCAUCAUCAAAACGUAUUCUUUUCUCCCCUGUGAAUGAGCAUGUUCUCUAGAUCUGAGGCUAGCACUUACUUUGCUUUAUUAAAUGAUUUGCUACAUGAUUGCCGAGGCGGUAACCUUAGGUCACAGUUUGUGGAAGGUGUCAGUUUGCCCGUUGUCCCUAAUUUAGCAUCAAGAUAAAAACCCAUAGGUCAAACCAUGGAGUCUGCAGUUUCAUUUAAAAAGCAGCACAAUGAGGGUAAAUCCAAGGGAAGUUGUUUGAUGUAGUAAACUUUUUUUUUUUUUGGCACUUCCUGACCAUUAAUGAAAGAGAUGACUUGGGUUUACAAGUUUGGAAGCUGGAAAGGCGAGAGAUGGAAAACCGCACACAGUAGCGAACACCCUUUGCGAUAGAUGUCCCCCGAUCCCACAUUUGAGAGUGUUGAUUUAUUUUCUCUUCCACGUUUCUAUGAAUUCUAUGUAAAUCACUUUUAUUUCUGCAGGUAUUUUCUCAGAUAGCAAUGACAUUUUGUUUCGUAUUAUUUUGUCUUUCCUCAUGAAUGCACUGAUAAUAUUUUAAAUGCUCUAUUUUAAGAUCUCUUGAAUCUUAUUAUUUUUUUUUUUUUUUAGUUUGGGGAUUCUAUAAGGUCUUUAUUUCCCGUAAGUAAAUA